UAUCCAACAACGUUUCCACAGCAACGCAGUCACAACUUCCAAACAGUCAGUGCUCCGUACAGCAGUCUCUUACUUUGCUUCAAAAUGUAUUCAGGAAAUUCUUCAGUUCUCAUGAGUAGCGAUCUCCUGGCGACACAAGCUGGGUAUGAUGGAGUAAACGGCCAGAUCUCCCAGAUCCCAGGACUGUCCCCCUUUAUCAACACUGUUCCCGAGGAGAGGGCCCGAGGGCGGAGGGCCGGAGUCCUAGAGGGUGAUUCUGACUAUGUCAAGCUUGCAAAACAAGGAGGGCAUAAAGGACUUUUGUGGCAUGAGGAAACAAUUACUUCUAAAUCUAAGGCAUACAAACCUCCAGCCUGGUUCAGCACUGAUUUAGAAGACAACAACAAACCAAGUUUAAUUAACACUGAAGAGAAGAAAAACCCUGGAGUGUUUCAACUGCUAGAGCCCCCCUUUGGGACUGACAAUAUGUCAACCUGGGAGAGGGACGAUAGCAAAAGCAAUGGCAAAGAGAAGAACGACAGUGUUCAAUACAGCCAGACAGAGAAGUUGCAGUCAUCCAAUCAAUAUUAUGAGCCCAGCAAAUUCAAGAGGAUAAUGUUUGACAAGAAACCAGCUCCCAUCGACAUGUCUAAGCUGUUGAGCUUUGGUUAUGCCGAAGACAACCAAUAGCCAACGCUUGCUGUCAAAUUAGCAGACUGCCAGUCCGUGGGAAAGGAUCAAAUUCUUCCAGCAGGAAUAGUUGCCAUCCCCUCCUCAUUCAUUUCUUUGUCCCUUCAUGCUGAGCCACAUCAGACGUUGUACUCAGUUCCAAUUGUUUUUUCAUGUCAGAUGUAUUACUCAAGUGUGAAAGUGCUUCAUUGAAUUAAAGCCAGGACUUUUUAUUUAUGGUGCCUGCUAGCGGUGCCUCAUAAACUGCGUUCCUUGAGAAAAGAAGGCACUUGUUGCUCUAGUGUUAAGUUUUUUUUGCUGUGUCUGUAACUCUGUAAAAGGCAGCUUUAAGGAAUAAAAGUCAAAUAAAAUCAAAGUUAUUCAAAAAUA